AUGAAGUUAGAUGCAAGAUUAAAGGAGGAAGAAAUUUUGAAAUAGAAUUUGAAAAAGAAGAUUUCUAUUGAUGAAAUUGAUGAGUAAGUUGUUUCUGACAACAAUAAUAAUGGUCAAGAAGAGAUCCAUAAGGCCGAAGGUUUUCUAAGAAGUAAUUCAAGUUUUGUUGAGAUGAACCAGAAUAAUCUGCAUAGGAGAAUGAAAGAUGAUUCCCUUGAUCACUCUAAGGUUCUGUCCGAUUCAAAGCAUCCUAUUACUAGAAUCUGCCUUACAGGAGGACCUUGUGCAGGUAAAACAACUGCAUUGGCAACUCUUUCAACAGUGCUAUCAUAACUUGGCUUUAAAGUACUUCAAGUACCAGAAGCUGCAACUCUCUUAAUGAAGGGUGGAGCAAUGAUUGAAACAAGAAAGUUAACAUUUGCUGAUGCUGUUAGAUUCCAAAUCAAUGUUAUGAAGAUGCAAAUGUCCCUAGAGGAUAUUUUCAUAGAAAUAGCACUUAACCAAGAUUAGCCUACCAUUAUUAUAUGCGAUCGUGGAGUAAUGGAUGGCUCAGCUUAUACAACUGAAAAUAUUUGGUAAGCAAUCCUGGAUGAGACUGGAUGGAGUACUAUUCAAUUAAGAGAUAGAAGAUACGAAGCUGUAAUCCAUUUGGUAACAUGCGCUGAUGGAGCUUAAGAGUUUUACACUUCUGCUAAUAAUGAAGCUAGAUAUGAAUCUAUUGAUGAGGCUAUGGAACUAGAUAAAAAAUUGAUUAAUGCUUGGGUAGGGCAUCCACACUUCUCAAUUAUAGACAACAGAGAGGCAGGCUUUUAAAACAAGAUUGAUAGAUGCCUUGACACUGUCUUGAAAUUUAUCGGUUUACCCACCCCUACUUCAUUCCACAAGAAAUUUUUAAUUAUUGCUAGACCAGGAGAAUAUGAAGUAAAUCUUCCCAGAAAUGUUAAGAAAGAAUUUUUCUAGAUUGAAGAGACAUUCUUGAUGGCUACAGGAGACUAAGUAGAAAAUUUCAUUAGAAAAGUAGGUAAAAAUGACUCCUUUAACUACAAUCAUGAGAUUAGAUUCUACUAAAAUAAUGAAAGAAUCUUAAAAAAGCGUUAAAUAUCAGCCAGAGAGUUCAUUGAACUAUUCGAACAGCAGAGAGACCCAGCAAUGAGAUAAUUAAAAAAGUUUAGACAAUGCUUUAUCUACGAACAGUAGUAUUUUAUGGUUGAUACAUUCUGCAAUGUUGAUGGAUCUCCUUCACUUUUGCGAAUUGAAACAACUAAGCAAGAAAAAGAAAUCAAAAUUCCUCCCUUUGUAAAAGUCCUCAAAGAAGUUACUGAGGAUAAUUCCUAUGCUAGCAGCACUAUGGCUAAGCAAAAUUACAAAAUGCCUGAAGCCGAUAAAAAGGCUAUAUUUUCUGCCCUUAGUAGCUGA